AACGUGCAACAAUCUAUAAAAUGGAUAUAGAGGCUAGUUGCCUUGUUUCAUUCAUCAGAUCCGAAUUCGUCAUAACACAAGCAGUGAACAAGUGAUGAGCAGCUUAAUUAAGAGAACAAGACAAAUUAAAGACUUAGGAAGAGGAGGAAUGGAUAGACAGCAAGUGGUCCUCCACAUGAACCCUGGCAUGGGAGAUAAUAGCUAUGCUCAUAACUCUAUCAUUCAGAAAAGGGUGAUGAGGGAGGCAAAGCCCAUAGUAGAAGAGAGUAUGAUGAGGUUAUAUACUAUUAUUCCUAUUCAUUGCUUUAAGGUGGCUGAUUUAGGAUGUUCUUCAGGACCAAAUGCUCUUCAGUUGGUAUCUAAUGUCAUCGACAUUGUUGAUUGCUCAAGUUCUAACUUGAAUCUCAAACCACCGGUUUUUCAAUUCUUCUUGAAUGAUCUAUUUGGGAAUGAUUUCAAUAGCAUCUUUAAAUCACUCCCUCAAUUCUCGGAAAUCAUAGAAGAAAAGAAGGGACAGAAAUGUGGUGGAUGUUUUAUUAAUGCAACUCCAGGGACAUUCUACAAGAGGCUAUUUCCCAACAAUUUCUCGCACUUUGUUCAUUCCUCUUUUAGUCUUCAUUGGCUUUCUCAGAAUUUGAUCGAAGAGACAAAAUUGGAGUCCUUUAAUUUACCAUUGUAUGACCCAACAAUAGAGGAAGCUAAAGAAGUAAUUGAGGAAGAAGGAUGUUUCACUCUUCAAAGGCUAGAAUCUGUGAUAAUGGGUUGGGAUGGAAACAUAAACGAAGGUGUUGAUGACAAGAAUAAACUUGAUCUAAAUAUGAGGGCAGAGUUUAUAACGAAACAACAAAGAGCUGCUUUAGAACCACUUUUGAAGGCACAAUUUGGAGAAAAUGUGAUGGACGAAUUGUUUGUCAGGUUUAAGAAUAAAGUUGUCGAAUUGAUGGAGGAAAAGAUAUUGGAAUUUCCUACUCUCAUAAUCUCGCUAAUUAAGAAGGCUUGAAGGGAUGAAGUACCAUAAAAUUACUAUAUUUUUAUUGAAUGUUUUUUUUCCUUCUUUAGAAUGCCUCUUAUGCACUAUAUAGCCAAUAAAUAUAAUAUUAUUGGAUAAAUAUACAUAAAUUUUGAAG